UUAGGCCCUGGAAAACAAACACCAGAAAUGAAUAACCAUCCUGACAGAGAACAACGAAUUAUAUUAUGAAACCUAAUUUUAUAAUCGUUUUCUUCAUCCCACCAUUGCUGGCUGCUGCUGUUUCUUCUUCGGCUCUCAAUUUUUCAGAUAGUAGAAGAAUUCUGCAUCAACCCUUGUACCCUGCUACAUCUUCCCCACCGUCGCCGCCGCCGCCGCCUCCGGCGACGGCGGAGGGGUCAGGGCCGGACCAGCCGUUCUUCAAUGAAAUACCAAAUGGACAGACACCGGAUCAGGGGGGGCAGGAGGCGCCGCCUACCAGCAGUACAGCUGUGGCCAAUCCAGGCCCCACUCCGGCGUCGAAUUCUACCAAAAAAAUGGCGAUUGGAAUCACAUCGGGGGUUCUCACUCUAGGAAUGCUGUCGGCUUUGGCUUUCUAUAUCUACAAGCACAGGACGAGAGGUUUGGAUGAUUCGCAGAAGCUUGUCGGAGGAAAUUCGCAGAGGAUCCAUGAAGAUUCGAGAAUGCCGCCGUCGACUUUUCUGUACAUCGGCACGGUGGAGCCUUCCGCCACCAGUUUAGUCGGCGACGGGAAUGGCGGUAGCGUCGUUAGUGGCUCGCCGUAUCGGAAACUGAACUUCGGGAAAAGAUCUGACCGGUAUAGACCUAGUCCUGACCUUCAGCCACUCCCGCCGCUUCCCAAACCUCCGCCUCCGCCGAACAUUAAUUCUCCGCCGCCGAUGUCGUCGUCCGACGAUGAGAGCCACGACACCAAUUUCUACACUCCGCAGGGAUCGUCGUUGAGCAAUGAAUCUCCGAGUUCACGGCAGAGCUAUCUGAGUAACAAUCGUGGUGGUGUCGGUAAUGUUCCUCAUUCGAAGAGAACUUCGCCGAAAUCACGUUUGGCAGCAUCGUCUCCGGAUACAAAGCCGGUGAUGAUUCCGUCGAUUAAGCAGCCGUCGCCGCCAUCGCCGCCGGAGGGUUCUUCCUUGGGGCCACUGCAGCCGAGCAAGAUGCUAUCCUACACUCCUAAGAGGGCGAAAUUUUCGGCCCCACCACCGCCGCCGGACAUGGCGCGGCUCAGAUCAAUAAGCAAUUACGAUCAACAACCAUCGAAGGUCCAAAUUCCACCUCCACAGCCACCGCAACCACCGCCUCCGCCUCCGCCUCCGCCGCCUCCGGCGUCAAUCCCUAGAAAUUUCCGGCCUAAGGAACCACAGACCCCUCCGCCGAUUCCCAAACAAGUAAUAAACCCCGAGUCAAAAAGCCCUAGCUCCUCAUCAAAUUCAGAGUCGGAGAAAACGCAUUCCAGUACCGAAUCGAAUAAAGUAGCCAAUUCAUCUGACAAAAAUGAUGAAAGAGAGGACAAGGAUGGAUCAAAACCGAGGCUGAAACCCCUGCAUUGGGACAAAGUACGAGCCACUUCAGAUCGAGCCACAGUUUGGGACCAAUUGAAGUCGAGUUCCUUCCAGUUGAACGAGGACGCCAUGGAAUCGCUUUUCGGAUGCUCAGCAAAUUCAGCUCCUAAAGAAAUAACCAGGAGAUCAUCUCUGCCAACAGCCGAGCAGGAGAACCGCGUGCUGGAUCAAAAGAAAUCGCAGAACAUUGCCAUACUAUUGCGCGCAUUAAACGUGACCAAAGAAGAGGUUUCCGAAGCGCUUCUAGAUGGAAACACAGAAGGAUUAGGUCCAGAGCUUUUGGAGACGCUGGUGAAGAUGGCACCAAACAGGGAGGAAGAGAUGAAGCUCAAACACUACAAUGGCGAAACCUCAAAGCUCGGAUCAGCAGAGCGGUUCCUCAAGGCAAUACUGGAGAUUCCAUUUGCAUUCAAACGAGUAGAAUCAAUGCUGUACAGAGCAAACUUUGAUGCUGAAGUAACUUACCUAAGAAAGUCCUUCCAAACACUCGAGGCAGCCAGCGAAGAACUGAAGAACAGUCGCCUCUUCCUUAAACUCCUCGAAGCCGUAUUAAGGACAGGAAACCGAAUGAAUGACGGCACGAACCGCGGAGAUGCCAGAGCUUUCAAAUUGGAUACAUUGCUGAAACUGGUGGACGUCAAAGGGACAGACGGAAAGACGACGCUGCUGCACUUCGUCGUACAAGAGAUCAUUAGGUCGGAAGGAGGCGCCGACAAAAUAUCGAUCAAGUUUAAGGAAGACGAAUUCAGGAAGCAAGAAUUGCAAGUGGUGUCGGGGCUGAGUAAAGAGCUCGGCAGUGUAAGAAGGGCCGCCGGAAUGGACUCCGACGUGCUCAGCAGCUAUGUCUCCAAGCUCGAAUCGGGGCUGGAGAAAGUCAGAUCAGUUAUGCAGUAUGAGAAACAGAGCAAACAGAGUGAAAAAUUCUUCGAUUCGACAAAAGAGUUUCUUAACGAUGCAGCUGAGGAAAUCGCGAAAAUCAAAACAGAAGAAAGAAAAGCCGUGUCUUUAGUAAAAGAAGUGACCGAAUAUUUCCAUGGCGACGCCGCGAAAGAGGAAGCUCAUCCUUUUCGAAUAUUCAUGAUCGUACGCGACUUUCUGUCCAUACUCGACAACGUGUGCAAAGAUGUCGGGAGAAUGCAGGAUAGAGCGACGAUGGGGGCUGGGAGAUCAUUCAGAAUGGCGGCGACUGCGUCGCUGCCUGUGCUCAAUAGAUUCAAUGCUCGCAACAAUCCUAAUUCAGACGAUGAUCAAUGAAAGAACUUGGACAAAUUCGUCUCCAGGCAUCAAUUUGCAGGAAAUGCGAUGUAAUCGAAGCAUCUUGUACAUGCCUAGUAUGCCUUUCGAGCAUCCUUUUUGAAGGGAAGAGUUGCAGACGUGUCGUAAAGUCAUGGAAGCUCGAGAUGCUCAAAAGUCUACGUCGAAGCUCCUUAGAAGAACUGGAAUAAGAAGAUAGAGAGCAAAGAGUUUUGAAUAUGAUUAGCGAAAACGAUAUAGCAAAGAGAUGCAUAAAUUCUUUUUUCUGCAGAACAUAGUAGCCUAAGGCGAAGAACACGAUCUUCGAUCAUUCUAUACUGUGUAUUGUCUCAUAGAAAAAUCGCCGUGCUGCUUUCAAUAAGGUGAGUUAGCUUCAACCAUUCUUUCUCCGAA